AUGUCAGUGGCACCAAUUACAUGUCAUAUAUUAGAUACAACAAGAGGUAAACCAGCAUCAAAUGUAGUUGUACAAUUAUAUCAUAUAUCUUCAAAUCCAAAAGAUUUAGAUAAUUCAUCAAUUCCAAUACAUUUUGCAAGUUCAAAAACAGAUUCUGAUGGUAGAAUUAAAAAUUGGAUAUUUGAUCCUAAUCAAAAUCUUGAAAAUUUAGGUAUUAUUGAACAAAAUUGGGAUGAUUUAAAACCAGGAAUUUAUAAAGUUAAAUUUUUAACUGGGAAAUAUUUUUUAAAUUUAUCUAAUGAUAGAACAUUUUUCCCAUUUGUUGAAAUUAUUUUCAUUAUUGAAGAUCCUCCUGAUAAUCAUUAUCAUAUUCCUUUGUUAUUAAGUAAUCAUAGUUAUACUACUUAUCGUGGAAGUUAA